AUGUUGCUGCAACAUGGAUGUACCAAACUAACCCGUGAACUGCUCACCACCUUUCUGGUUGAGGUAGCUGCCAUUGUUAAUAACAGACCACUUGUCCCGGUAUCCACAGACACAGAGGACCCAGUUCUGCUAACACCUUCAACACUCCUCACCCAAAAGAUUAGCUCUGUUCCUGCACCGAAGGGUGACUUCACCACAAAGGACGUUUCUAGACGACAAUGGAGGCAUGUUCAACAUCUUGCGCAGAGGUUUUUGAACCUUGUGGAAGGGCCAGUACCUCCCUCUUUUGCAGGCCUGAUGCAAAUGGACUUCCAGCAUUCUAAACCUGGCAGCGUGGUUCUUUUGAAAGACCAGGAUUCAAAGAGAAACGAAUGGCCCUUGGGACUGGUUACCCGUAUCAUUCCUAGCCGAGAUGGAAGAGUGCGACAGGUCGAAAAGAAAAUUCAUGAAAAUGACCGUGCAAAAUUGUUCCUAAGACAUGUGACAGAGACAGUACUUCUCCUUCCCCGACUUCCAUCUGAGCCUAUCAGUUAA